GACCCUUGUAUAGCAGGCUGCAUUCAGGCAUGCAAAAGUCUGGGAACCCUACAGCCCGCCUCUCCAUCCAGGCAACUGAGGCAAGCAAGAAAGAUUCUGGCAUUUCAAGGUCACAUUCCAGCCAGGCAAAGGCACUCUUUCAGCGAGAGGGGCUGUGCCCUAGUGAGGGCCCUGAGGUGGGGGAUAGAGAGGUCUCUCAGCCUUUCUUUGUGUGCUAUGUUCAUUCUAGUUCUCUGGGGAAAUUAAAGCUGUACUUCCUUGGGAUGGAAGUACUAUCGUACCCUGAAGAAACAAGAGUCUGGGGAGUACUGUGGACAUUUUUUUCCAGGUUUCCUUCAAAAAAGCUUUCCAAAGGCCCAUGCCAUAACAUGCCUAUUGCUUCUCGAAUUCCUUACAUGCACAACUGCUCCCCCUUAUCCCCUUGAGACGCUUUCCUCCAAUCGUGUUCACGCAUAGAAUAUAUACAGUACAUUUUUCCUUCUGGAAGCUAUGCAAUGGAAUGCGUUUGAGAAAGAAAGAAAAAAAAAACCCACGCGAAAGUAAUCCUGUAAUUUGACGCCAGGAAAAGCAAAACGGGGCAGCAACUUGAUCUCCAGGGAUGAGAGAAACUCCAAUUAAUGUUUAACGAGAUAGGAUGGUCCGAUGGGAUAAUAGUGGCGUGAUCCGGUACAUCCACGCCCCAAAAAGAUUUAGAGGAGCACAUGGAAAGGCAAAGGGGAGGAGGGAAAGUCGAAGCGGCGAGAAAGAAGCGGGCGAGGGGGGUGUGCGUGCGCGCUGUGUGUGCAAGCGAGCUGUGGGAUGCGAUUCCCAUUUGCUGAUCCUUCGCCCGGUGCAACUGCCGCCGCGCCAAGGGCAGCUCGCGCCAGUAGCCCGCUGCGUGCAGGGCCCCGCCGGGUUCUAGGCUCCGCCCGCGCCGGGUUCUAGGCGCCGCGCUGCGCUCCGGAGCCGAGCCUUUCCGCGUGCGGCGGCUACUUCUGGGUCUCUGCCGACUCCCGCGUUCUUCCCAAGCGGGGGACACGAUGGGCGGCCGCUGCUUGCGCGCUCCGCUGCUGCUGCUGUUCCUGCUGGGCGCGCUCUCUCCGGCUGCCGCCAACCUCGACGAUCCGGACGAGGACGACGACGACCUGGUGGCGUCCUUCGCCUUCGAGGAGGAGAGCCAGGCCGACUUGGGGAAAUACCGGAGCGGGUCCGCCGCUUUCCAUCGGAGCAAUAAGGUGACCGUGGCGGAGAGGAGGACCAGAGGGACUCGGAAGGCUCCGGCUCCGGCUGGUGCUCUUGCUGCUUCUCUCCCACUCGCUUGGGGCGAGCUGGGGGGUGACCUGGAGGGGCCCCUCGGUCCUCCGAAGCUCGGGUUCUAGUUUGAGGACUCUGGUCGUUCCAGACAGGCGGGGUUUGGGGGGCAGCGAGAGCCCCUGGCUCCCGUGCAAAAGUAGCUUUACGCGCUGCAAUGGAGCUUAUUAUUUCAUAAAAUGUAUAUAUGCCUCUUGACUGCCGAAAACACACAUCGAAGAGAUUUUCCCAAAAAAGGCUUGGGACCUUAGGCUGCAGUUGCCCGGGAGUCUAAGCUCCAGCGAAUUCCGUGGGACUUCUGAAGGGAUUGGCAAUGUAAGGAUUGCCCAAAGGCCCCGGGUUCGCAUUGCACAGAUGCUCGUGCCUUUGCUUGCGAGCAGUCAGCCCCUAAACCAGAGAGGAUCUUGCCUGGCGCUGCCUUGCUCCCUCCCUCUGGCACCCCCCCCCCCGCCCCACCUGAAGCCGAGUGUGCAUUAUUGGGAAGCUUUGCGUGCCUGCUUCCAACCCCAGCAUCUCCAGGCAGGACUGGGAAUGGUUCUCUGCGUGAAAACCCUGGAGGGCCGCUGCCAGUCCGUGCCGGCAACACUGCGCUAGAAGGGUCUGACUCAGUUUGAGGCGGCUUCCUAAAUGGGCUGUGCUUUCUUGGGCGGGAAAGAAAAUAAUCUCUCUGUACAUUCUCUUUGCACAUGCCCCAGGCUGCUCUCAUCAUUAUAGUCAGCUUCACUUGUUUCUGGGCAGGGCUCUGGCAUUCAGAAACAUUUCCACGGGAUGAUCCUAGGUUGACUUGAAGCCCUGUUUCUGUGGCACUGCUUCCCCAACCCCUUCCCCUGUCUGGAAACUUGUUUUCCCCAUUUGGAAGGAUACUAAUGCAUGCUUUGGGAUUUCUGCUGCCAAAUUCAGACACCCGCGGUAGGUCAGGACCUGGGAUGGGCUUAUUAUUAGCAUCAUCAUUCAUGAAGCAAAGGCUGUUGUGGGAACAGGGACCCAAUAUCCCCCUCCCCUGUUAUUUUGGAUCUGUUCUGUUUCCUUAUGAAGUCACCCCUCUACAGUGGCGUAGCGUGGGGGGUGCAGGGGGGGCCGGCCGCACCGGGCGCAACAUCUGGGGGUUAGGGGCGCAAAUCCACGGGUUAGGGGGCGCAAAUUACUUGCCUUGCCCCGGGUGCUGACAACCCACGCUACGCCACUGCCCCUCUAUCCUCUAUGGAACUGUAAUGCUCUCUUUUUGGGGGAGGGGGGUGUUGUCUCUUGAAGAAGGGACAUUUGAAAUGUUACGUUCAGGCAGCAGGAGGAAGAGGCUUUGUGAAGCAUCCAUUUUAGGAAAUUUGGCCAGGCACUAGUCAUAUACCAUUGUAACGUUGGACAUGCCUUAAAGGCUUCCAGGAUAUUUUGCAACGAAUGCACACCUGUUGCAUUUUGCCUUCACUCAGAACCUCCUCGUCUGCUGAAAGGUAGAUCUGCCUAUUAAGGUCUUGUGAUCUCUGGUGACAUGCCGUCUAUUGGAACUAUUCAUUUUUAAAAAUGCCUGCUUUGUCUUGCAUGUGAGUUGAAAGAUCUGGCAUCCAGGGAGUGGUUGGGAAAUGCAGGGAUUCUCCUGGCACUCUGCAUUGUAUUGUCUUUCUUUUGUCUUUGGGGAACUUCUGAGCCUUGCCUCUUUUGAUUGGAUGCCUUCGUGCAGUCCACCUGCCUUGCAAGCUUCAGCCAUGAUAGAGAAUAUCUGCUGCCUUGGCUUCUGCUGUGCAGGGGUGCACAGUUGACCUACCUCCUCUUACUGCAAGGGAGUAUCAGGAAGAGCCAAGGUGUUCUUGCAAAUUAAUAUCCCUGGCUUUCAGAGGUGGAGUCUGCUCAGUGAUGAACCAGGUGGUAUGGUCAAUACUGGAAGCGGUGAGCAGUCAGCACCUGGAUUUCCUAGAUGUGCAUGCAGGUCGGUCCCCCCCCCAUCCCCCCCAAUGGGGUCACUGGAUUUUGUUUUUGGCUUCUUUUAAAAAAAUCAGAACAGUGUAGGGGUGUGUGAAAAAUGAAAAGAGAAAGGAACACAAAUGGAGAUUGCUAAAAGAUGGGGGGGCAUCUAUAUGUGAUCAACGCAGGAGAUCUAUAAUUGGAUCUCUCAGCAUCUUAAGAAGCGCUUAUAGGUGGGGUGGGGAAAAUGAUUUGGAUCAGGAUUUAGUGCUGAAAGACAGGUUUUAAAACAUUUUCCCCAGUUUAAAUUUCCUCACCCCAACGCUGCCACAGAGACGAGAGAAAGCACAUCCAGUCAUGGUUUAUGUCUUCCCCCCUCCACGCUCCACAGCUAAUAGCAGCUUCUGGGAGAUGGGGAUUUUAAAUCACGGAAACAGUGCAGAGAAGAAACAUCCAACCCCGAUCCAAAUCGGAGGAUGUGACUGCUUUUGAGCAAAGAUGUUGGGAGGUCUGAUUCUGGAUCUCCCACAUCCCAUUCAUUUCAGCCCUGUGUGAUUGACUAGGAAGAUGGGAGAAUAAUUUGUGCUGGAUUCAGCAAGAUUUGCUUCACAAAAUUCCUGGUCCUUCCCACUUUCUCAUAGUUGCCUCCGAUAUACGGUACAGAAUCAGCUUCCUUCUAAGGGGCAGAUUAUGCAUUACAUGGCGAUGUGUGUAACAAACUCCCAAUUCAUUCUUUAAAAAAUAAAAAGCAGAUUUUUAGUAGAGGUGUGUGAGCUUGUGUUUACGCAAUCCUUUCUCUGCUGAUCAGUUUCCUCACUCAAAAUCUCUCUCUGCUCCUGCUAUUUCUUACACAAAGUUCCAUAUGUUUGUUUGCAUAUCUGUGGGUGGAAUUGCUAGGAGGGAGAGAUUUUGAACUGGAAAAACAACCAGCACAUCUUUCCUUCAUUUUCAAAACUACAUCAAUUCUUAGUUGUCGUUCACUACGCAAAUAAAGAUUGUGCUGCUUUAUGUGUGUGCGCUUAACAAGGUGUUGUUUGCUUCUUAAAGUGGCUGCGUUGAGCCAAAAAAUGUUAAGUCAGAGGAGUGGUUGAGCGGAAUCUGUUUCCUUUCCAGUGAGGUGUUAAAUACAGUGGUGCAGUAGUUAAUUUUGAAGAGCACACCCACCCCUACCACAUCUCUUCUGAGGCUAUAAAGCAAAAAUGAUUUUUGGAUAAAUGCAGGGAUCCCUUUCCAAGUUUUGCUUCAUUUGCAGCCUGAUGGAGAAUUCUGGUGGACCUCACUAUUUUGAUUAGCCAUAAUAGAGGGUGGUUGGUUAUCUGGUCAUUUUGUCGUUUAGAAAAGCUUUAUUUGGUUGGCACACAGAGGAGGUCCCCCUCAGGGGGAUGUCACCGUUAUUCCUGCUAUGAAAUUGGUGGCGCUUUGCUCCUUCUCUGCCACACCACUGGCUCACUUCAUAUGCAUGUCAAAAGAAGCAGGCAGAGCAGUGAGCAUGCAGAAGAGGCAAUGCCCAGUAUGUGGGACUGGGAGCAGAAUCUCGCACUUUCUUAAGGGCACCAGAGCUCCACCCUGUGUUUGCGCCACCCCCCUAGUGGGGCAUGCGCUUCUGCAAAUCAUCUACUGACUCUCUACUUCUGUUUUGUCUAAACGCAGGACUUGUGGCGCCUGCCAGGGCAAUACAUUGUGGUGCUUAAGGAAGAAACCCACAAAUCUCAGACGUCAAGGACCGCCAAGCGCCUGCAGGCCAGAGCAGCCAGGCAUGGCUACUUGACAAAGAUCCUGCAUAUCUUUGAGGACCUGUUCCAGGGCUUUCUCGUGAAGAUGAGCAGCGACGUGCUGCACAUGGUAAGUCCCUCUUUUUGCAUCGGGGCUGGGGAACUCAGGAUCUCUCCAGACGUCAGCCCCAGUCAGCAUGGCCUAUGGGCGGGGACGAGGAGAGUUAUAGUCCAUCACGGUGCUAUCAGAAAUGUCCAGAGUGUGGAAGAAACUCUUUAUUGUCAAAAGUAUACUUACAAGUUGGGAAAAGGCGGGCCCACCAGUCCUGUUGUCUCCCAUCAGUUCCAAGUCAGUCUCCUAUCUCCUCCUCCUGGUCCCUGACAUAGCCCAGCAGUAUUUACAAGCACAAUAGGUACUUACUUACGUUCAGAUCUUGGCAUGUCUCUCGUCCAAGCCUCCCUUGGCUCUACAGUUUUAUCAAAUGCAGCAUAAAAUAUACCUUGUGGGGUUCCACCAGUGGAAUGGGCGUUGUUGGCUCCCCACAGCUCCAAUAUCUGCUCCUGAAGAUUGGAGAGAUUUGGAGAGGUGUAGGGGAGCUAUACUGGGAGAAGAGGAGAGGGAGAAGGGGAGGACCCACGCUGCAAGUGAAAGUCUCUGCCCACGCCAUGCCAAAUGCCACCCAAACCCUGGGAGGGAGGGUCUUGUAGGCCAUCUAGUCGAAACCUCCCUGCUAAGGAUGGAGCAAGGCUAUCUUGUAAAAGAUGGCCGUCUAGGCUGUGUUUGAAUAUAUUUUGUGCAAUGCCAUAUCAACAACAAAUAUAGAUAUUUUUAAGAAAUCUGGCUAGUAAAAGCAAGACACCAUCUCAACAGCUGUUAACAUCUGUAAAGGAGAAAAAAAAGGUUAAGAAUUUGGCUUUUGCGGAGCAGAAUCUGCUGGGAUCUUUUGCUUAGUUAAAACCAGCUGCAUGUAUAUGUUUCUUUUUCAAGUGAGAUUUCUUUCAGUUUCAGACUCUUCUUUUGGUGCACCAAGCAGAAUGCUUAAGUGAGCAGAAAGAAAAAAUCCCAAAACACUUUGGGGGGCUAAUACUUGUGCAUCUGUCUGCUUUUGGUUUCUGGUUUUUGUCGUCCCUACAGUUACUUUUUUUUUUUUAAUCAUCUCUGUUGUAUGAACUUUCACUAAGUCCCUGUUCCCCAGUGUGUGGGGCAGUGAUGUGGGUCUUCUGGCAAUGUGCGACCGGCCGAAGUUGACCAGGAUCUACUGAGUGGUGUUUGAGUAGUUUUUAGUACACAAAACUGAACAAGUACACCAUGUGAAUUCUCCUUGUUGUAUAACUAUCUCAAAUUGGUUUUCCCAUAACCAGUAGUGGGAAGGCUGUGUGGUUGUGUUGCUCUCUUGUCUUCCUGGGGCUGCGCAUGGCUGCCGCUCAUAGGCAGGGAGGGGGAACAAGGCUGCAGGAGCUCAACAUGGCGCAGGGGCAGAAGGAACAGCUUGGCUUUGCUCUGCUCCCACACCAUACUGAACGCCUCCUUCUCUCAGUGAGUGGCAGCGAGGCACAGAGUUGUGAAAACUGGGGGUCAAUGUAGGCCGCCAUCCCUGUGUAGCCUUAGCAACCGGUACUGCCAGUAGGCCAACUGUAGUUGAACUAAAAUAUAUGAUUGGGGUAAGAAUAAAUAAAUCAAGGUAGUGCACUUUUAAGAGCUUUGCUUGAAAGUAAGUUAAGACAUUACAACUCGGCAGCAUGCUCUUCCUUUAUAUUGUUUAAAUCUUAAAGAGAACAAAAAUGGAAGAUACUGGAAGCUGGACCAGUUAACAUUCCAAUAUUAGUACAGUAAGCGUCCAACGUAAACUUGUGGGCAUUCAGCUUUAUGUGUGUGGAAAAAAAAUAAAAUAAAAUUUAAAGGGAGGUGGUUCUGGGGUUAUAUGACCUUGGCAAUCCCCCCCCAUUGAAUGGGAUAGCUCAAGCGGUAGAGUAUGACUCUUAAUCUCAGGCUUAUGGAUUUGAGCCUCACAUUGAGUGAAAGAUUCCCUUCCAACUCUACAAGUCUGUGAUUCUGUUUUCACUAUAUGUGACUUUGGCUUUUGGCGGUCUCCCUGGAAAUAACCCUAACAUAAGUUGUGGGCUUACUGUAUGGCCAAGGACCUGUGCAGAAACACACACACACACAUACACAUUCCCCCUUUGAAACCGAACAAUUUGACUGGCGUUGUAAUCAUUCUUUAUGUUACUAAUUUAUAUUAUGAAAAUGCAUUUUUUAAAACAGAUUUUUUUUUCUGCAGAAAAAUACUUAACUUGUUCACCGAAUUUAUUUCCUCCCCAAGGAGCCCCAGGGCUUCAGAUAGACAUACAAUUUGAAAGCAAAGCAAAAACAUUCUAAAGCAGUUUAAAUAUUCUAAAAAACAGUAACAAAAAACAUCUAAAAGUUUGGGUUAAAAACGUUUGGUUAAAAAGCAGUUACAGUUAGAACAUUCUAAAAGCAAUUGCUUUACAGUUAAAAGCGUUCUUCCAUCCAGUGAUCACAGCGUUGCCGGGAACGAUAUUCUUUUGCCACCAAACGAUGCUUCCCAAUUUCCCCAACAGCCUUUGAAUGACUGUAGUGUGGUGUUUUUUCUCAGUGUGCUGAGUUUGUUAUGGUGACGGGAAAACCAGGUUCAGGUCUCUGCUCAGCCACAACGUUCUCUCGUUGGGCAGGAGUGCAUGCUAUGUUGACUUUGUGAGAUUACCGCACGGCUAAUGUUCUGACCUCCUUGGCAAGAUACAAAUAAGAAGCAACUUUCCUCUUUGUCCCCGUGGGAAGUGUUUGAGAGGUGUUUUGUGAUGGUUUUCCCCCUUUCGUUCUGAGAAGGGCAUAUUUGCAUGGACUCCUGUGGCUUUUUACAGGACAACUGAUAACCCAGUGGUCCUUUCCAAACAUUUCAUAAUCUUACGAUAAGGCAGGUGCCAUUUGAGAAAUCCAAAGUGAUGCAAGACUCAGUGGAGGCAAAUAGGUUUGCUUAAUCACUUCCUAGCCACUUACGAUGCCAGAUAUGCUUCAGGCUGGUAGCUCUGUGAAAGUUGGCGAAUCAGAGAACUUAAGAGCGUUGCAACGCUAAAGAUGAUGCCAGGUGUGCCGCUGCUUAGGGGAAAUCAUCCGAUGCAGAAUGCAAACACUCCUGGUUUGGGUUUUCUAAAACAACUCAUUGACACAGCUCUCUCUGCAGGGUUUUAGACACCCAUGUGCAAGUUGCGACAGGUGCAGGGAAGAGCAUCUCAUGCCCUCUGUUUGGCUGUGCUUGCGGUCACAAAGGCUUGUCUGCACACGCAUAAGGGAAGUGGAAGGGAAAAUAUUCAGGAGUGCUCACAGAUGGAUGUGUGCGCAUGCAUGCACAUACCCAAAGAGAGAAUGGGCGAGAGGAUUAGAAUUUGUGUGGGAGCAUGAGAGAGAUCGAGAUUGUGUAUGCGUGUUUGGUGUAUGUUUGUGGGGGGCAGCGACCACAGAGUUAGCCUGCAGCAAGGAGAUUCUCCCACAGUCUGUCAGUGGUGUGCUUCCUGCAUGCAGUAGAUAUUUACCAACAAAGGCCUCAAGUGCUGAGCGCACACAGGAGAAUUUGUGACUUGCCGCUACAACAGUUUGAGCUGCUUUGAGAAAAAGAGGCUGGAAAUGCUCCCUAAAUGGUGGCAAAGGGGAAAUUAGCAAAUGUGAGCUAGAAGUCAGACGGUGGAAGGAAUUUUGUCAGACAUUGGUUAUUAAGAGUUAUUAGAAUUGGAGUUAUUAGAGUUAUCCAGCUGUUAGAGUUAUCCAGAAUUGGAGGAGUAUGUCUUUUUCCAUUUGUUAAGUACCUGCCGUAAUGCUGAGUUCGAUAAUAGCUGCAUAACUUUAUCAACAACACUAAUGGUAAUGACAAGAAAAUUAAAAACAAAGCUAUCAGAGAUUAUAAAAUCAGAGAAUUGUAGAGCUGGGACCCCCCAAGGUCAUCUAGUUCCGCUCCCUGCAAUGCAGGAAUCUUUUUGCCCAAUGAAGGGAAUGGGCUUACAAAAACAGUUACGGGAGCAAGUGACGUUGCUGGAUGUCAGGCGUAGUUGAAUGCAUUUAUGAAACAGAAGCCUGCACAAUUUUGUAAGAAGGAUAUGUUGUGCAUAGAGAAGAAGAGAAGUCUUUGGUCUCUGUCCUGCCAUCUUUCUGGGUCUGAAGGGAUUGGAGUCCAGCAAUGUCUGGAGGGCCAAAGGUUCCCCAGGCCUUCUCUCAGCCCCUCCACCUUGCCUGCUGCACUCCUAUCCUUACCACCACCAACCUUUCCAUUUUCCUCUCUCGUCCCUACCCUUGCCCUAAAUCUCCAGCACCUUCCCACCCUGCUAGGCUUCCUCAUUCCAUUCUGUGUCUGUUUAGCUUCCUCAGUACCAGCCAGACUGGCUUCUGAUUCCUGCAGGGAAGGAAGGCUCUGCUUGUGCUUCCAAAUGACUAUGGAACAAGGUUGGAUGGGCAGGUCCCCACACAAGGCAGGGCCUUCUUAGUGGUGACACCCCAGUUCUGUUGAGAUCAAUGUAAGCCGCACUCAUGGCUCCUCCAGUUCACCUGUUAAGCAUUCAUCCUGAUUUGCUUGCACAAGGUUUACACAGAGGUUAGAUUGUACCCAGUCUUUAUUGAGUGUUCGUCCUGAUCUGUUUGAGCCGGUGUAUACCAUCUGCAUGUUAAUCCUCUGUUGACCUACUUUUUGGUGCAUUUCCCUGUCACUUUCGAAACCAGUUUCUUUUUAAAAGUGGAUUUGUUGCUCCAGGGCACUAAUUGUAUAAAUCUGAAUUUCCAGAUGCUCUCUCAUUGGUGGGGAGGAGCCGCAGGGAGAAGAGGAAAUUACACAAAUGGCCUCUCUCCACAUUCUGUUUGAUUUUGGGACUCCACCUCCCAUUAGCCCCAGCCAACAUGGCCACUGCUCAGGGUGAUGGGAGUUGUAGUCCAACAACAUCUGAAGGCCCACAGAUCCCCCAUUCUUGUUAUAUGCUCUGUAUACUUUUAGGAGAAGAGUAGGAUGAUGGCGAUGAUAUUUCUUGCGUGACUUGCACAGUUCUUCCCGUGUCGUCUUUUGUGCAGGCUUUGAGACUACCGCAUGUGGAUUAUAUAGAAGAGGACUCCUAUGUGUUUGCUCAGAGCAUUCCCUGGAACCUGGGCCGGAUUGUCCCUGUGCAAGACGGAUCCACUGAAUAUAAUCCUCCCAGUAGGUGAUAUUCCCAUUCAACCAUGUGUGCAUGAGAUGCCAAAUAUCUAUGGAAUCAACAACAAAAUCCUAUGCAGAGGGAUGGCGCUACCUAUCACUGAUUGCUUGGUCUGCCACUAUGUGUUUCACAUGGUACUGCAUUCCAUGGGUGUGGGCCACCACCAAUAAGGCCCUGUUUCACAUGCUCGCUGCACAUACAGCCCUAUUUGGGCCUGAGACCGUCACAUGACAAUAGCGAGAUCCAGUGGAUCUCAGGCUGGCUUAGUCCUGCCCCUCUUUUCCCCAAGGAGCACUCUAUCUGGGGGCUUUCUGCUGGCGAAUAACUUGCCAGCUUGCCUCUCAUCCCCAUGCUUGGCAGCUGAAGCAGGGCUGGGCUGAGCCAGUGGAGGUGAGCAGAGAAAGAGAGCCUUGCUGAAUCCACCCACCCAACCUGGCUUGGUUUGAGGAUUGCUUUGAAUUGCUCUGCAUGUAUAUACACGCACAUCUUAUGUUUGUAACAUAGUUUUUAUUCAUUUCCUUCUCUAAACUGUUCAACAUGAUUGCAUUGGGAUUCAUCUUUGUUUAGUUUAGAGCAUAUGACAUGCAACAAUUACAUGAAAUUUAAAAUGGAAUUAAAACAACCAUAAGUACUCAGGUAAACGUUUCUGAAUCUGUUAACAAAGUUGUGUCAAAAUGGAGACCUUCGGGUGACAAGCAACUAGUAAGUUUAAUAAAUGAAUGAAAUGAGUGUUUGUGCCAAAAUGAUCACCAUUGUUGCAGAUAUGAAAUUUUAUAUAUAGUAAAGUGCAUUGAUUGCUUCGAUGGGUGACCAAAAGUAAAAGGUAUUUUGUAUUAUUAUUAUUAUUAUUAUUAUUAAUAAUAAUAAUAAUAAUAAUAUCAUCAUAAUAAUAAUAAUAAUAAUAAUGAUGAUUUUUUAUUUAUAUCCCGCCCUCCCCAGCUGAAGCCGGGCUCUAACAAUUAGAAUUUAUAGGAAGGGAGGAGGAAGCGGGGAAGGGGGAGAAAUUAAAACAUGUACUUCAUUAUACACAUGUUUCUGAUUAAAACAAAAUUUAACAAUAAGCAGAGUGGAUUUUCUGAAUAUCUCUUUUUGUUUUCUGCUAAAACCACUAGAUGCUUAAAUGCUGAGACCUCAAAUAAUUACUGGAUAGGCUACUUCACUUUUUAAAUAGCGAAGUAGACUGACUCACCCCCACCCCAAUUUCCGCUUUCCGAAGAUUGCAAAUCUGGCCUUAACGACACAGAAACAGAGCCGCUAACUCGCUUGUAUUGCCUUUGAUCACCAGAAUAGAAGGGAUAAUCGUGUUAAGUCCAAUCUUCCAUUUCCUUUCCUGCCUGCUCCGUACAAGACAAAAUUGGAGCAGCUCCCUUUAUAAAUUGCUUGCGCAAGAUAAACCUCAUUGUAUAUUGGCAUGCUGGGAUGCUGCGUUGAGAGCAACGCCUUCACUGCCUCUAGGCGUCACUGACUGACUGUCUCCUCUUUUUAGACAGAGGCGACCUGGUUGAAGUUUAUCUGCUGGACACUGGGGUCCAGAGCAACCACCGAGAGAUCGAGGGCAGAGUGUUCAUGACUGAAUUUGAGAACGUUCCAGAAGAAGAUGGCACUCGCUUCCACCGACAGGUACGCCAGCUCUGCUACACGAGCAAUGGCGACUUUCUUGCCACCUUCCCCUUUUACCAGUGACGUUGCUAGAACCCUAUGUUUAUUAUGAUGGCUCAACCCUGAAACCUUUAGUCCUUGGAGGAGAUUUGUGGGAUUAAGCACCAGUUACGGUGUUUCUGUGGGAGCAGCAUGUGUAAUUCAAUCUGUCAGUUUCUUCAGGCCCACUUCUUCGUUAUGUUGAAAAGGGAUGCUCGUAACUGUACCGCUGGGAAGUGGGUGAGUUCUUAACAGACACUUGCCAUUGUGGGUGCUGAUUGUGCUUCUGCGCAUCCCAGUGAGAUGCCAUUUGUGGACAGACCUGACUGCAGCCAGAUUCCCUCUGACCAAGAUGUUGGAGUCCUAGUCUCCCCAUUGGGUCUCUUCCUCUCCUCCAGGGCGGAAUGGCCUCUUAAGGUGGUUUCAAAUAUGUACAUUGCAUGGAGAUUUCCAGAUUGAAUGGCACAAUUGCGGUGGAAAUCUAUGCACAUGCUCAGUGCCAUCUUAAGAGGCCUAAAGCCAGUGAGAUAGGGUCCAGGGCAGCAUUUUUCAAAUAAAAUUGAACCAAAAAUUUCAUACCAACUAAUUUUUGCGCUGCAGUUUGACACCUGAGGCUGGGCUUUCAUCCUGCCUCUGUGGGUUGAAUUGAGAGGAAAGCCCACAGAAGGAGUCUGGUGGAAGCUGAUUUUUCAACCCUGAUGGCCUCCACCCCAGAAAAGCCACUCCUUUGGGUUGGGGUACCUUGUUUUUUUUUUUUUAAAUGAUAUUUAUUAAAAUUUCAGAAACAAAAAAUUACAUAGUUAAAGAGAAAAGAAACAAGAAAAAAAGAGAAAAAACAUACAAAAUACAAAGUACAGAAAAAAGUAAAAAACACUUAAAAACAAAUUAAUCCUUCCGUAUCUUACAUUUCAUUUCCUUGCUUCCCUGACCUCCUCUCACCUCCCUUUUUUGUAUUCCAGUUCAAUUGGUUAAUUCAGCAAUUCCUUUCCCUCUUUGUUUUUGUCUUAGUCCUUUAACUUAAUAUAUUAUAGCUUUAGAUUCUCACCUAUUAACAAUCCAUUUUUACAUACACCUUUAUGACAUUGCUGCUAAAACCACUUAACUUCAUUCUAACACCAUUCUAACAUUCAUUAAUUUUGCAAUAUUUCUGUAAAUAGUCUUUAAAUUUCUUCCAAUCUUCUUCCACCAACUCUUCUCCCUGGUCUCGGAUUCUGCCAGUCAUUUCUGCCAGUUCCAUGUAGUCCAUCACCUUCAUCUGCCAUUCUUCCAGAGUGGGUAGAUCUUGUGUCUUCCAAUACUUUGCAAUAAGUAUUCUUGCUGCUGUUGUGGCAUACAUAAAGAAAGUUCUAUCCUUCUUUAGCACCAAUUGGCCGACUAUGCCCAGGAGAAAGGCCUCUGGUUUCUUCAAGAAGGUAUAUUUAAAUACCUUUUUCAAUUCAUUAUAGAUCAUCUCCCAGAAAGCCUUAAUCCUUGGGCACGUCCACCAAAGGUGAAAGAAUGUGCCUUCAGUUUCUUUACAUUUCCAACAUUUAUUAUCGGGCAAAUGAUAGAUUUUUGCAAGCUUGACUGGGGUCAUGUACCACCUGUAUAUCAUUUUCAUUAUAUUUUCUCUUAAGGCAUUGCAUGCCGUAAACUUCAUACCUGUGGUCCAUAACUGUUCCCAGUCAGCCAUCACUAUGUUAUGUCCAACAUCUUGUGCCCAUUUAAUCAUAGCAGAUUUCAUCGUUUCAUCCUGAGUAUUCCAUUUCAACAGCAAGUUAUACAUCUUUGACAAAAUCUUAGUUUGUUCUGUUUCUAAUUUUGAUUUUUCCACCUGGAAGCCAAUUUUCUUGUCCGAAUUAUAUGCCUCCAUUAUCUGAUAAUAAUGAAGCCAAUCUCGCACUUUGUUGGUUGGGGUACCUUGUUGAAUGGGGUGGGAUGUGAGGAUGAUGAUGAUGAUGAUAAUAAUAAUAUAUUAUUUAUACCCCUCCCAUUUGGCUAGGUUUCCCCAGCCACUCUGGGCGGCUUCCAACAAAGUAUUAAAAUACAGUGGUCUGUUAAACAUCCUUCAGAUGUCUUCUAAAAGUCUGGAAGUUGUUCUUCUCUUUGAGAUCUGGUGGGAGGGCGUUCCACAGGGCGGGUGCCACUACCGAGAAAGCCCUCUGCCUGGUUCCCUGUAACUUGGCUUCUCGCAGCGAGGGAACCUCCAGAAGGCCCUUGGUGCUGGACCUCAGAAUGAUGGGGGUGGAGAUGCUCCUUCAGGUGUCGUGGGCUCAGGAGGAAGGAGCCAGUCCUCGCAAAUUGAGCAGAAGCACCUUGCAGGAGCUACCUCCACCUGACUUCUGAGGAUCCUCCCUUAGCCCUUUAUACCAGAGCCUACUUCAUUGAGCAGGGUCCCCUUUCUCUAGGGAGAGGUUUUGGGGGAGGGGCUGUCAAAAGGUGGGGAGAGUGUGAAAGCCAGCUUCAGCCAGUCCCCUUCUUCAGGCUUCCCCCUUGAGCCAACCCCAUGGAUUCUUCAGUCACAGUGAGGCUUUUGUUCAGGCAUUAUCAAUCAACGUUUUUGUGCUUUGCUGAGUUAUUGUCGCAUCUGAAAGGCCCCAUGUGCUCGUCAUGCUUUCUCUGUAUAUGUAUGGCAGGGGAGGCCCCGUAACAUUCGUGACUUGCUUUUUAACAUGAGCUGUCAUGCCGACAACUUGUUCCGUUGCUGAAUUCCUCAUAAAAAUGUGUUACUGCGUUUGGCGGCACCACUGGGAUGGUGUUUUCUUGAAGCGGGAAGUGUCAGUUGAGCAAGUAGGCCAGAGGCAGUUCGGUUGCUUUUUAUCUGUAAUGACAAUCUCUCCUUAUGUGAAGGAUCAAGGGGCUUCCAGCCUCUCAUAUUUGUGGCACAACCUGGGUCUGCUUAAAGCCCCUAAUAUUUUUCUCAACCUCUGCAGCCCCCCUCUCGAUUUAGCAUGUUAGUAAUGGGGAGGGAGAGCAGUCAGCUCUUCACAAGAUGAGGGAAAAUGGUUUGGUUGUUUUUGCCUAGCGAAGGGGUGAAUAAUGGAGCCUUUGGACAGCAUAGCAUUUCAAGAUAGCUUUGAAAGGAUGAAAUUAUGGCUCCAGUCAUGCCUACCCUUUUACAUUGGGAGCAUUUAUUCCUCUCUCUCUGCCCCUUCCAGUAAUGGUAAUUCCUGUCCUGAAUUAUGUCUUCACGUCACCCCAACAUUCUACUGUUGCUCUUUUUCCAAAUACAGUGGUACCUUGUGUUAAAUAUGCUUCAGGUUACAGACGCUUCAAGUUACAGACUCCUCUGACCCAGAAAUAGUACCUCGGGUUAAGAAGUUUGCUUCAGGAUAAGAACAGAAAUUGCGCGGUGGCAGCGGGAGGCCCCAUUAGCUAAAGUGGUACCUCAGGUUACGAACAGUUUCAGGUUAAGAACGGACCUCCGGAACGAAUUAAGUUCUUAACCCAAGGUACCACUGUAGUUUUCAGUAAAAAUUAAUUUAGAAUUCUGUAAUAUCAUUCAGCACUUCACAUUCUUUAGGUUCCUCUUUUUCCUCCUGUCUGUCAAAGGCAACAGAACCACCCGGUUCUUUAGCCACGCUGAGGCCGCAGGGUGGUUUUGAACCCGACGACGUGAAGGAUUGCCAUUCCUGGUGUGCGUGAGGGGGCAGAAACAGGUGAUAAAUGGCGAACUUUAUGCUUUGUGGCAGGCCAGCAAGUGUGACAGCCAUGGGACCCACAUGGCUGGCGUUGUGAGCGGGAGGGAUGCCGGCAUCGCCAAAGGAGCCAGCGUGAGCAGCCUCCGAGUGCUCAACUGCCAGGGGAAGGGCACUGUGAGUGGCACUCUGAUGGGUGAGUAAGCAGCAGCUGUUCACCAAGGGUGAGCGGAACUCUGGAGUCCAAUCUGUCACAUCCCAGCCAGACUUUGGAUGUUGCUGAUCCACCACCGCCUGGGGGAGGAGCCUGUUGGGUUGAAUGGACUUAGAUAUUCAGUCCAGUUCUUAUGAACUCAGCUCUCGCUUUGUUUGGCACCUGGUCAGGUAUAAAAACAAAAGGGAGAGAGAGAGAAUGCGGUCAAAAUCUAAUUUAUAUUGAGAGACGGAGCUUAUUUUGUGGUUUCAUAUUUGAAGACCCCAAAGGAGAAAUACUUAAGAAUUUAGUGGAAGUAUGUUGACCUCCACAGCCCACUUCAAUGGGUGCAUGGAUCUGUCAGCUGGACUCUAGCUCAAGAAAGUUUCUGCCAUAACAAAUGUUUGUCUUUCAAGUCCCACAAAAGUCUUCUUGGGUUUUUUUUGUUUUGUACUAUCACGGGCUGACCCUUUUGUCCAUUGCACUUGCAUGGUUCCUCUUUAAAACAAACAAGACGUUUCCUUCUCCUUCCUUUUCUGCAUAGUAGGACAGAUGUGUGUACAAAAAGCUCCUUUCCCUCUUUCACAUGUGCUCUACUGGUUUGUCUCCCCAGCUCAGAAACAGGGCAAAGCACACACUGAAAAGACGUGCCUUGUGUCCUCUCUUUUGAGCCAGAUACACGCUGUCUGCUUCCCUUUUUUCACAUGACAGGAUUGGAGUUCAUUAAGAAGACCCUGGAUGUCCAGCCCUACAGCCCUCUGGUUGUCUUGCUUCCCUUGGCUGGUGGUUACAGCCACAUCCUGAACACAGCCUGUCGCCUGAUGGUCCGGAUGGGGGUGGUGAUAAUCGCUGCAGCGGGCAACUACAAGGAAGAUGCUUGCUUGUAUUCACCGGCAUCCGAACCAGAGGUACGUGAGAGGGUUAGCUUGCUCCCUUGUUCUAGGCCCGUAGUAAAGUAGCCCAGUAAUUAUUUGUGGCACCCCAAAUUAGCUUCCAGAUUAUCUCAUCACGGGUACAUCUUUCACAUGGUUGUAAACACAGCGCUCUUCCAUUGAGACAGUUUGCCACACGGACCUGCCACUCAUCCACUGUGCGGUUGCCAAGUACUGACUGGUGCACACACCUGGGCUAGCCUACCUGCCAUUUGAUGGGAUAUCAGCACUCCAGGGCAAGGCAUGGAAAGAUGGGCGACUGCUGCCACCUGCAUCCUCCAAACCAAGGACUGGGCAGCUUACGGAUGGAGAAAGAUUCAGUCGCUGCCCUAGAGCAUGCUGUAUCUUCAAAACCUGCUGCAGAUAUCUUGGCCAAGCCACACAUUUCUUUCUGCGACUGCAUUGACUCCAGAUGUAAAGAGGGGGAGGCUGGCGCUUAGCCUUGUGGGUCGUGAUUCUCAGAGCAGGGUCUAUACCACAGCCCACUUACAGAGUUGGCUGAAGAGGAAGCCAUUAAAAACACACACACUAAUAUUUUCUGGAGUCUCUGGUCACACCCACACCAUGCUCUCCCUAUAGCACUGCUAUACAACUUGAUGAUAAAAGUCAUGGAGAAUCCUGGAAACUUGGGUGCUGGGAGUUGUAGCACUGUGAGGUCAGCACCCUUCACAAGCCACAGUUCUCAGGAUUCUGUGGGGGAAGCCAGAACUGUUGAAGCGGCGUAAGAAUGCUCUAAACCAGAGGUCGGCAAUCUAAGGCCCAUGAGCCGCCACCGAACCAAGCCAACCACUCGGCAAGUCCCCGCGGGCUGUGCUAAACCGGAGCAGCGCAGCACGGGGACUCUUUCACGGCGCCGAAAAUCACUUCUGCGCAUGCCCAGACGCUGGAAAUUGCUUCUGCACAGGCACGAUUUUUGGCGUCUGGGCAUGCACAGAAGCGAUUUCCGGCACCGCUGACAUGCACAGACGUGAUUUCCAGUGUUGCGCUGCGCCAGCCCAGCCCAUGGAGGAUCUCGCGGGAGUGAUCCGGCCUAUGCCCGGUAAGCCUGCCGACCCCUGCUCUAAACGUCUGGGGUGGACAGGACCUCUUCCAGGUGUUUCUGGGUGUUUUCCCAUUGAUGUUGCACCCUGUGCUUGUGCUGUUUAAAUAUACACUAGAGUUUAAACGUAGGUUUGACGGUGGAACUAAUUACUCAGGCAGGUUGGCAGUGGGAUGUCUCUUGCAGAAGCCAGACAGUCCAUCUGCUGGAGGUUUCCUGCAUUGAGUAGAGGAUUGGAUUUGAUGGCUUCUGCCAUCUAAGACCCUCUGCGCCUCUAGGAGUUUGCCUUUCUUCUUUGCUCCGCGCCAGCCAUGAUUGGGUCUCGUGUCGUCAUAGGUUAUCACAGUGGGGGCCACCAAUGUUCAGGACCAGCCUGCUUCCAUGGGCUCCUUGGGGACCAACUUUGGCCGUUGUGUGGACGUUUUCGCCCCCGGAGACGAUAUCAUCGGUGCCUCCAGCGACUGCACGACUUGCUUCACCUCACAGAGCGGGACAUCCCAAGCAGCUGCACACGUGGCAGGUAAAAACCUUGCGGCAGAAUUUGUGUGACUGCUGCUCGGCUCCCAGAAGGGUCGAACUCAGGGAAUCUCUCUGUGUCUCUGGUCACACCCACGCCAAACAUUUAAAGCACAUGGCUUCCCCCAAGGAAUCCUCUGAACUGUAGUUUGUCAAGGAUGCUCUGUGUGAGAGGUGAACCAUGGUUCCUAUAAUUUUUUGUGGGCAGGGGGAGCUGUGUGCUUUAAAUGUGUGUUAAACAUGCUUCAAAUGGCCCGGUGCAGAUGUGACCUUAGGAUUUGUCGUUUUGAGCCUCCCAUUCUCAAUGGUGAAAGGCAAAUAUUUUCUCCUGCCUCAUUUUCUCUAUCUCAUCAAGCAGUCAAAACCCAAACACAGAACAGUGAAUUAAUGAAGAUUUUCCUCAUAGUGGCCCCCAUCACUCAGGACUUCAUGCAAUUACAGAUAUGCCUCCACUUCUGCAGCUUCAUGAUUCAUCGAUGGCUGUUUUCCACAUAGAUAUCCCCCCUCGUCCCACAUAUUAAGCACAUGCAUGAUGGCAGGAGGAGGAUUGCACUAGCUAACAACAACAACAAUUUAUUGUUUAUACCCUGCCCAUCUGGCUGGGUUUCCCCAGCCACUCUGGGCAGCCUUCAGAUGUCUUCCAAAAGUCUGGCAGUUGCUUUUCUCUUUGACAUUUGGUGGGAGGGCGUUCCACAGGGUGGGUGCCACUACCGGGAAGGCCCUCUGCCAGUGCCCUGGAUGUAAAUGCGCCCGCUGGAUUCAUCUCACAUUUGGCAGUAGUGUGAAAGGGACCCCAUGUACAUAGGGCUUCUCCAUGGGUCUAAACCUAGUUUCAAGACUAAAUCAGCCUUGGUUGCCCUGAUGGAUUACCUUUAUCACAAAUUAGUGGGAGGGCAACCCUGUUACUCAUACUCAGUCUCUCAGCUGCCUUUGAAAAGAUUGGCCAUGGCCUCCUCCUAGAUUGGGGUGUGUGUGUGUUGGAGGCUUUAUAUUGCAGUGGUUCUGUUCUUACCUGUGUGUUCAAGCCUGGAAAGUAACAUCAGGGAAAGUGCUCCAUUCCUGCUGGUGCAGAAUGGAGGCAGAUGGCCGACUGCAUGUGACACCUCUGCUAAAACAUCUGCAUUGACUGCCCCCAUGCUUCCAGGCAUGUUACAGAGAGGCCUGACUGGACUCAGCUGGAAGCUGAGCGUGCCGUGUUGCUGGUCCCAUCCUGUGGAACACUCAUCGAGCUGGUUAGGCAAGCGCCAUGGCUUUCAAAUUUGAAGACCUGUGCAUCUGCUUAAUUUUUUGGGUUAUUAGCCAGUCAUUUUCAUGAUUAUUUUGAAAUGGUUUUUAAUGGUGUUUCAUAUUGCAUGGUGGACAUUUUGUUGUACAUCGGCCUGAUAUUUUACGAGAUGGGUGGCAGCAUAUAAAUACUUUGAUAAAUUAACAAGUAAGUAGCUGGGAAGCUGCCCUGUGGCCCAUCAGAUCCUCAGUGUCUGAAAGCUGUGGCCUUGGUAUGGCACAUCCAUGUGAAAUGACAGCCUGACCUUUACACCACAGAACAUUUUCCCAGCGUGUGCACAUGCGCAUGCUCUCGCCCUCCCCCGCUCCUCAGGCUCAUUUGGCAGCUUUGUGCGGAUGCAGCUGGGAAUGCCAGCGUGUGUGUCAUGGUCUGAUAGUGACAUGCCUCGUGGGCUGUUGGGCCGAAGGCUGAAUGCAUCGAAGAGUUAACUGCUGCCAACACAUUUCCUUACUAAAUGGUUCUGUGCAUCCUGGAGGGUGCCUGUGGCGAGUGUAAAAACAGAUAUUUUAAAGAAAUGAAAUAUGCAGCUUGAAGGGGAGAAAAGGAAAAGGCAUUUACUUAACGCAGAAAUAACCCCUCUGAUUAGGCUAUACUGGAGGAAAGGAGUUCCAGAUGGCUGAAUAAUUUGUAUUCUGAAUUAUCGGCAGAAGUAAACGCCCAAGAACAACAAAGCAAUUUGCAGAUUAGAAGGUGGUUCUUGCUGUUUGCUUUAUCCUGUCCAAGACCACUUGGGUGUGUGACCAUUCCGUUCCAUGGAGAAACUGGCUGUUCCAUCCAUUGAAGUGAAUGGGGAAGCUCUUUAGAGUAAAGCAGUGCACCCAUCAGAGAACCCCUCUGCCCAUAGUGAAUGUAUGUGUUGGGCCAAGUAUCUUCUGUGGGGCCUUUCUAAAAAAGCAGAUAUUUGCCUGCGUUUGCCUCUUGUUCUCUCUCUUUGGCAAGAGCAUCAGACUCAGUUUAGUAGUAGCCUGGAUGUGUAACAGACUACGGGGUACAAUCCAGCCAAAGUUAAGCGCUUUUAUGUCUCAUUGAGUUCAAUGGGAGAGAUUCAAGCAUGUGCCCAGGUGAGUGGAAGAGCAACGCAACUUGAUCCAGCCCUCUCACUUUUUACCAAACAGUUAUGAUUACUGUUAAUGAUUAAGUGAAUUCCUGUUAAUGAUUAAGUGAAUUCCAUCUAAACAGCUGCACACACAGAGAGCCAAAACACUGAGCUGUUAAUUUCACAGCACACAAACAUAAUUCUGUGAUAACAGAAAACAGAAAAAGAUAAUCGCCCAAUCUAGUUAUUUUUAUACACACACACAGCCGCUGCCAAAUAAUGCAGAGUAAUAUGCACGUUUCCAUAGGAAUUGCAGCCAUGCUUCUGAACUCCAACCCUGACCUGUCCAUCUCCGAGUUGAGGCAGAAGCUGAUCCACUUCUCCAGAAAAAACCUCAUCAAUGAGGCUUGGUUUCCAGAAGACCAGAGGCUACUAACUCCAAACAGGGUGGCUGGGCUUCCCUCCAAACUGGUAGCAGGUGAGUGAUCCUUAUUGUCGUUGGCUUCAUGCUUUAGUAGAAGAGCUUUGACAGGCCAUGACAAGGGUCCAUUUGACGUUCCCCUCCCCUCCCCCGCCUUCCAAAAUUCCACUUUUCCAGCUGAACUUUCAAGUGGUUCCCAAGCACCUCCCUGUGAUGGGUCUCGUGAAUGCGUGUGUGCUCUCCAGUUGGCUGGACCAGGGAAAGAGCUGCACUCUGUGGGCACUGCUAGGCACCUCUAAUGGCCACGAGCCACUUCCUUUCAGAUGAGCAGCUGUACUGUCGUUCCGUGUGGUCUUCCCUCUCGGGGUCAACCAGCAAGUCGAUAGCUGCCGCCCGCUGCAACAGCAACGAAGAAAUGUUCAGCUGCUCAAGCUUAUCGAAGAAUGGCAAGCGGCGAGGCGAGCGCAUGGAGGUGAUGUUCUGGGGGGGGGGGGCGAGGCUACGUUUUGGAGUUGCUGUUUUACAUGCAGACACAAGCUUUUCAGUGGGUUAUGGAGGCUUGUUGGCACUUCCCUGUGUCUCACUGCUGUGCUUUCCAAAUUCCAGGAUUACGGAGGCAAGGAGUGCGUGGCUCAUAAUCGUUUUGGGGGCCAAGGCGUCUAUGCCAUUGCCAGGUGCUGCAUUUGGCCCAAAGCCGACUGCCAGGUUCAUGCCCACUCGCAGACUGCAGAGGGCACAGCACUGCAGAGUGUCAGCUGCACCAAGGACGGCCACGUAUUGACAGGUACGUGACGACAGCUAUGAUGGAUGCAAUCCAUAUUGUCGUGCCAAAGCAUCUUUCCCAUGUGGGCUCUGAGUCGCCAAGGAAGGUUCCGUGCAGGGAAGAGGACUCCCUUACUGGACCCAGACUUACGUGGCCAAUAAUGUGUUGCGGCACACUUGUAGAUCUUAUAGUUUGAUGCACCCACAGCCCCAUCAGCAUUGCACUGUGUGGGUUGGGAUGGGCUUUCCCACCAUGCCAUCUUGGGACCACUGUGCAACAUUUGCAGGCGACUCUUUCUGGGCUUGCAUAGUUUGCACAAUUAAUAACUACCGGUAAUGAAAAUGGAAGAGUUUAUAAGUACAGUCGUACCUUGGAUCCCAAAUGCCUUGGCACUUGGACAUUUUGGCUCCCGAAUGCUGCAAACCUGGAAGUGAGUGUUCCAGUUUGCGAACCUUCUUUGGAACCAGAAUGUCCGACGGGGCAUCCGAUUGGCUGCUGAAGCUUCCUGCAGCUAAUCAGAAGCACCGCUUUGGUUUCCGAACAUUUUGGAAGUUGAACGGACUUCCGGAAUGGAUUCCAUUUGACUUCCAAGGUACGACUGUAUUUGCACUUGGGGAAUUCUUCAAAGCUGGAUAGAAUUUCUUUGGAAAUUGACUAGCACCUUUCUCCAAACUCACAGAAGCAAGUUUAUUUUUUUAAAAGCAGAGGGAAAGUAAAGUGCUGGUCAAGGAUCCUUAAAACAGCAUGUAAACCUAUUGCAUGGUCAUGGCAACAUCCACACACAUUGCUUAUGCAUGCACAAUGCCCAUGAGCAGUACAGUGCAUGCACACCCAAGUGGGCAAAAUAGCUUGUGGAAACAGGCCUUUCAGUAGGUCUGAACAGACAAGACUGUAUCCCACAUUACUGCUUGGUCUUUUCAAGGACUGCAAAUUGGGUGAUCUGGGUUUAUAUUUGGGUUUUUGCAAACGACAACAUGUGGUAGGAUGAUGAUGCGAAAUUGGAGCGGGUGGGGACAGACAGUAGAAUGUGGUGCUGAUGCAGAAACCUCUUCCAUACCCCAGCUAAUUUCUGACCUGCAAUAUAAACCAAAGCAAACAGAACAAACAAGAAUGGGGAUUCCCAGUGUGAACAUUCCAAAUCAACUUGUGCCCAUGAUUGCAUUCACUGAGCAUAUACCCUAAUAUGAUCUAAACUGGCAGGUUGCAGCUCUCAUUCUCUGGCUGGAGAGUUCAGUGACAGCAUCAGACCUGAACUGGGGACAGAAAGCCAUCGUGACCAGUGUGUUGGCCAGGCAGGUGCAACCGUGCAUGCUUCCUGCUGCCAUGCGCCCAGCCUAGAGUGCAAGGUGCAGGAAUACUCUUCUCUGGAGUACACAGCAAAGGUAUGUGGAUGUGGUUCCUUUAGGGCAUGAGUCACCAACCAUUGUGGGUCCAUGGGCUCAUUUGCGACCUGGAGAAGCAUGCACCCCACAACUUACUCUGCUGGCUAUGACAGACAGCUUCUUUCAAGUCUAGCUUCAACCUCUGGCAGAGUUUAAUCACCUUUGGGCCUCAAGUGGAGGCCACUCGCCACAUGAGUACUGGAAUUUGCUCUAUUCCCAAGCUGAGAGAGACAACGGUGGGGAUGGGGGCUCCUGCAGGCUUAUCACUUACUCGGCUAAAAGACCACAAAACCUUUCUACACAAUGGUCUUAUGGUCUUUUAGCUGCGAGUCCAUUUCUUUGGGCAGGGGUACUUGAACCAGUGGCAGCAAGGUUGUGGGAUUCUCUGUAUAAGAGGCUGCAAGGGAGAAUGAAUAGACUUAUUUGAGGAUGCCACCUUUGGGGCUGCCUUAUCUAGAGGUUUUCAUCUUUUCUCGGUGUUGACUAACCUUGCCUUCUCCAUCACAGGUGAUGGUGACUUGUGAUGAUGGCUGGACUUUGACAGGAUGCAGUGCCCAGUCCCAUGGCCCCAACACACUUGGAGCGUAUUCUGUGGACAACACGUGCGUCGUCCUGAGCAGCCCAAGGGGCAAAGGAGCAGCAGCUCUGGCCAUCUGCUGCAGAAAGAGACUCUUGGAAGAUAAGCAUGGUUCCAAUUAUAAGUGACACACCUGUUCCCACCCACCCUUUACUAUCUAUCCCUGGAACUACUGUGUUAAGACCACACCCCCAUAACAUCACCCUGGUGAAGAAUAUAUUCUUCCAGGUGGGACUCAAGAAAGCGUUUGGGGUGACCUCAGUAGAAUGCUCCCAAUGGUACCAGUUUGCCAAUAGUAUCACCAUCUUCACUAUGGGGAGAUGGUUCUAGUGAUGCCCUCUCAGUAAUACCAAUUGAGAUGCAUCCACAGAAUGAUGUUGACAGUAGCUUAGUCAAUACUUCCCCUAUCUGCCUUUUAUAUGUAUGGCCAGCCACUUCCAGCCCUUUAGGAUGUGUGACAGCACCGGCUCCUUCCAAGUUUCUUCUUGUCCCAAAACUGCAGGGUAGCUAACCAUACUCCUUAUUGAUGUGGUUUCCUGAAAACAGCAUGGAUUAGGCAGUGCUCUGGGCUCAAAGUGAUAUUAAUGCACAUACAUGCAUUCACUUAAUGUGUUUGACUUCUAUGAUUUUUGAAGAACUGUUCAGUGUUUCUUCAAAAGCUGGGGAUAAAGAAGAAGAAUGGGAGCUUUGGAGAGGACAACAGGUUUUUGUGGGACCUCAACCCCUUCAUGGUGUCUGAGGUGUAACCAGCAACUCCCCUUUUACAGUAAUUAGCAGCUUUUGAACUAAAUGUUGAGUAUCCCCCUUAAGACUUUUAAUCUGGUAUCUGAAGCAGGAUUUUGGAUGGAUGUAAUCAACUGAGUAACUGCAUGAGAGCUUAUGCAGUGGGACUGCCCCCCCUUCCAUAUGUGCCCUGUGGUGCCCCGAGAUCUACUGCAGAGGGUUGAGGGAACUCUCAGAAGAGAUAUAGGGUGCGGGGCAGGGGGGAAGAAGGCCCCAUUAUGCAAAUAGAAGCUGUUCUACUCGUGCAACAACUUUCCUACGACUCCAUGUCGUGCAUUGUAUGCUCAGCUUCUCCCCCUCAAAGGGGUCAUUCCAUGUUUUAAAAAACCAUUUACUAUGUUAAGUAGCAUUGUACCUAUCAGGCCAGUCUCGUUUUGUAAACGUUUUGUUUUCCCAGCAAACAUGGUUAACAAGAUUGCCUGUCCAAGACAGAGUAGGAAAAUAAGGUUAGUCCUGAAGACCCUCUCCUGGGAUUCUUAAGCCAUAACCUUUUACAGGAGGGAAGGGUAGCCUGUGGUCUUCCAGUUGUUGCUGGACCUACAACCCCCAUCUUUCCUGACCACUGGCCAUGCAACUGGGGAGACUUGGGAGGUCCAUAGGUCCCCCACCCCUGCCUAAGCACAGAGAAAAAUUUCCAGUGCCUAAAGAUUCUCUCCUGUGUUAAAGCUGUGGGAUCUCAGUAUCUUGCUGUGGCUUAGCAAAGAUUGGGGGAGUCGUCAUGCCCAUGGAGGUGCAGCACUCAGCUCAUACAAACACACCCCUGCAUUCCUUCAAUAUUUUGAGUUCUAAAGUGCCUUACAGACCGUAUUUGCAAUAAUUAACGGAGAGCCUUGCAAAUUUAAAACCCUCCUCCCUGAAAACAAGGAGUGGUCAGGAUGACUUCUGAUGCUGCCUUCUAACCUAGAAAUGCCGCAUCUACAAGGGCUGUUUACUGUGAUCCCAUGUUAAGGCGGCCAUAUUUAACUGGCCACUGUUGCCCCUACCUGUGACCGCGGAAGGCACUGCAAAAGUCAUCAGCCGAGGUAGAGGGAACAGUUUAGAUUUCAUUGUUGGCCUCCAAGAAUACCACUGAGUUGUUGAAGAACAUUUCUUUAGAACCCAAAGCACUUAAGAUUCAGGAGACCACAAACUAUUAUUGGCCAUAAACCACACAUGAGAUACUGCGAAGUCAAGCACACUGUCAGUAAUUUAGGCCAAAUAGUUUGGUUUACUGAUAAAGCACUUGGUAGCUACGAUUUUAAUUUUUGUUUUAAGCAGGCACAAGUCCUUCCCUCCUUUGGGUUUUUAGUCAAGUUUCCCAAUUGCUUACAUAAUCAAAAGUUUAUCUGUUGAUGUAUGUUGAAAUAGUAUGUUAAAAAUACUCUGACAGACCAAUCCUUCCCUGUUUUCUCAGAAGUGAGGCUUACUUUCCAGGUAAGUCUGCAUAGGGCUGCAGUCUAAACAGCUUUUUCAUGAGUAAUGUAGACAGCAUGUUAUACUUUGUAAGUGUUUUUGAACUAACACACAUAUUAACUACUGUAAUUGAUAGGUGCUUAAUGUAAAGAAAAGCUUUCCUCGUGCUGUGGGUUUUACAUUUUUAUCUGGAAACUAUUUAUUCUGUUUUAUAUAAAACAUUUUAUAAUGCCAUCUUUUUUUGGAAUAAAGUUUCAUAUGAAUUUUCUUGGGAACACAUAACUGUGUAGCCUCCUCUUAAGCAGAAUAUUAACUACAGGUAGCUCACAACUUAUGCACAUUUAACUUGUGUGCAUUCAGCUUGGCUUUUUUUAAAAAACAAACAAAAACCUGGCAGUCCUGCCAACCAUUUGCACCCAAUGUGUUUUGACUAGAUGCAUUCUUUUUGUUAGACAGCUACCUGACAUGACAAAGGUACAGAUUUCUGCUAGUCUUCAGCGGAAAUCUAUAGAGGAAGUAUAGGGCAAUUUCCUGAGUAAAACACCAGCAAAAUGACAUCUGACCUCUUUUCACAACCUAAUGAUCAGACUGGUCCUUUUUUGUGUGUGAGAGGAAUAAACUUUAUUCCGUUGACCAGGAUUUCCCCCCAUGAGAACUGCCUUUUCUUUUCCAGUACCAAGUGCCUUAGGAAUUAGUUGGACAAAUCCACACACAGCUAAGAGUGCACAGUUGAAUCGCAGCUGCCACCCCACCCCAUAGAACAUUCCAUUAAACAUAUAUCAUAUCCAUUUUUCAUCCAAAAAGACUGGCAGUAAAAGUGAUCACAACAUAGAAACAUGUCACAAUUUACACAGCAAACUAGAUUUGUUGCAUUUGGUUUUUUUAAAAAAAUAUUCUUCAGCAGAUUCAAGUGAUAGCAGCCAGAAAUCAAAUAAUCAACCAAUUGUUGUAGUUGAAAACAGUAACCAUCAACUCUGUACAAGCGGAAAGAGGACCAGAAAACAGCCUGCAAUAAUGUUAUAAUGUAUGGUGGUAAAGCAGAACAUUCCUGGGGUUGAAUGUUCUGUUUCAGUCUGAAAAGAGACCAUCUUUUCCAUAGGAAAUGAUGGAAGCGCCAAUGCCUUUGGACAAACAGGAGUGAUACUUUUUAAUAUCACCUCUGUUAACACUCGCUUCUGGUUCAACUUAAAAGUGAAGAUAGGUGCUGCAAUAAAAAAUGGGGUGGGACAUCAAAAUUUAUUCAAAAUUUUAAAACACCACAUUUAAAAUUUUGGAGGCUUUUGAUAAAAUAUCUGGAUUCUGCCACAUUUCAAAGAAGACACGUGUCUUGAGAGAAGCAAAUUCAACUGAAAUGUCACUGUUUUGCACAUGCAGUGUUACCAACACGAUUCCUUUGACUCAAAACACAUGGCAGAGAAUUCCAGCUGGAAGAUGUAUAGCUGUUUCCUUCAGCAGUGAAGUGACCUGUAAUAUUCACAACCAGUGCACAACUGUGAAGAAAGCUUUUGUGUCAGAUCAGGUUUUGCAAUAGUACAUAAAAGUGAAAAGAAAAAAGAGGCACUUUUUGGCUGUUUGUGCCUUUGACUUGGCAAACCUUUCUACAGUGGAGGUAACCCAGGCACUCUACAACUUCCCCUCAAUUCAUGUGCAUGGUGCAUUUCAUUUAAAUUAAGGCAAAAUCCUUGAACAAAGGCAAAAGCAGUGCAAAAAAAACUGUGAAAAAACUAAAAACUAAAAAUUGGCACAGAAGAAGCUAGUACCCAGAGCUGCUAAAGACAUCACUUAACUGCAUUUCACAUGGGAAAACUAAAUUGUACCCAUGUAGCUCAAUUGGUUUCCAGUUAUUAAGGAACAAAUGAACCUGUUGUAUUUUCAAUGCUGCCUGGCCAAGCAAAACAAAGCCAACAAUCUUUGCCUGUGUUAUUUUUUUUUUUAAAAAAAGAUUCAUAUGUCCCCAUGUCACUCAAGGAAUCAUAUACAGCCAAUUCCAACUCUCAAAUUCAAAAGCAUAAGCAAAUGAUUGCAGAUCACAUCAUUAAGACUACAAUUUAUUCAAUAUGUCUCCAAGUGUUAGAAUGAUGAUUUAAGGAGGCAAAACAGCAAUAAAAUUCUGCCUUAAAGUGCUUUUUUUGUUUUGUUAAACUUACUCAUCAACAUUUUUUUUAAAAAGAUCCGCUGAUGCCACAAUACAUAAAUGUAUUCUUGGAAUAAACAAAGCUACUUUAUUGCUCUUAUCCAUUUACUUUUAGCAUCAGGGAAAAAAGUUACCAAUUUCAGACUUCCUUGUACCAAAACCAUUCCAUAAGGAAUAACCAUCCUUACACAAAAGGGCUGCAAACCCUUUCUGCAAAGCGCUAUACAAAUGACCUAGGAGACAUAUUAAAUACAAAGGUCCUUGUGUAAACUGAUUCUUAACUAAUAAUUUACAAUGCCAAGUGUAAGUCACACAUUUUUACAUAAUUUUGAAUAUCACUAUUCAAUAUUUUCAGAAAGAUUAAAAAUUUGCCCUCCAUACCUAAAGGCAGUCAGAUUUUUUUCUUCUUCUGUAUAAAAACUGAAAGUUUUUUUUUUUUGCAGCAUCACAGAAAAGCAAGUUUUUUUACAUUCACUCAUUAAAGGUUCACAUAAUAAAAAUUUCAACCACUUGAUAUUUUUCCUUAAAUUGGUAAAAUCUUGUGACAGAUUUUUAAACUCAUGCUUGGACCAGCAUCCCACAAGAACCACAAAGGAUGCUGGGACUUCCCCCACAGCCUGAUGCUUAAACUUCUCAGUUGGAGAAUCUCUCUUUAGGAAGUAGCAUGGCCACUUUUUCUUAGAAAGCUUCACUUCUAAAAGAUGAAAGCGGUGGGAUUUUAACAAUAUCAGAAAGAUGCCAGGGGUUCAAUGCUUCUGUUGAACGCUUGUUCUUCAGCUUGCAGCUAACCACUAAGGAUCCACAUCAUCAAGGUCACUUUUAGGUUCACCAAUCAUCAUUGGGGACACUGUGCCCUUUCAAAAACACAAAAGAGUUAGGAAAGCAUAUGUACUCUUCCAAGUAUCACAUAAUGCAGGGGUCCCUAGCCUUCUGGGGUUUGAAAGCACAUUUGGAAAUCUGAAGCAGGCAACACAAUACACCCAUUUCACAGAAGGAAUAGGCAAUGCUGAGACCACCCUCUCCCAAAUAAAACACAUACAGCUAAAAGCAGGCAACCUCCCCACCAAAACAAGCAAAACGCCCUCCAACCAACAAAAAGCACGCAAACUGCCUCCCCUCAAAACAAGCAAGCAGGCAACCUUCACGAAACCAAAACAAGCAACUGAACAAAAAAGUGGGUGGGCAAGAAGCAUUCUGGAGAAAAGGAGACAAGAUGAAGGUGUGGCUGGAUGCAUGCCCUUUUAUUUCUACUCAUGGAAAGUGGGGGGAGUCAAAUGCUCUUUAAAGAGUAUUGGGAGGGGCAGUGGGUCUUAGCAGGUGCCAAGUGAAGUGUCUCAAGAUGCUAUGGAGAUCAUGGGCAGUACAUCACAGACCCCAGGCACUGUGAACUAUCACCGCAUAGCUGGCAAUUUAGAACUACUCAGCAAUCAUUUCGCUGAUCUGAAUGGCACAAGAGUUACCAGAAAGGCGCACUACGGUAAAAGUAUGCCAGACCAAAUUAAGCCUCCAAGAUGCUGCUAGUAGAGCUAAUUCUUGCCUCAGUCUGAGAGUGUGAAUUUCAUCUAAGAAAGUAAUGUGCUUAAGAACUCCACUAUAUUGCUUAGAAACAGAUGCAUCUUAAACCAGGCUAGUAUCAAACCUAUCUUGGCUAUAUUGUGAAACUGUUCUGUGCCUGUUAGCCAAGUAUUUCAGUAUUCUGAUGCUUUGUGCUUAUCACUCUUUGGUGCUAGACUGGCCUGAAGUCAAAUCAAGCUGGGCAACAAGGCCUUUGAAACAAAGAACACUGCAAAUGGUUCUUGAGGAAGACAGGUGGUAAGGUCCUACCUGGCUUCCAAAAGUUUACAUUUCAGCUUUUAACAGAAGAAUGCACAAGCUCAAUUCAUUUGCACUGGGUGGGGUUUAAAACUAGUUGGAACCACGUGGGAAGCUUCUUGCACAAAUGACUUUCUAUAUGAAGCUGUCUCUGCGAAACUCUCAAGUCAAGCAACCACUCUCACAGCUUCUUGAACGCAUGAAUGGGAAUUAUGGUCGUCUAUAGAAAACAAUCACUAUUAUAAAACAGGUGAGCUUCUGGGGUGGAAUUCAAAAGUUUUCAACAUCAGGUUAUGCAAAGCAAGAACGGUGAACGGAAAUCAAAGCAUUUCCGAAGUAUUAGUCACUCAGCUUUAAAGAGGCAGUGCCAUUAAGGAAGCUAACAGCAGCAAGCAUGCAGGUAAUGGACUCAGAACAACCUUGUCCUUUACCUGUGGUAGAUGUCUGCCACCAUUCUCAUUGGCUGGGCUGCUCUCGGAUCCGUUACUGCUUCCUGAUUGAUCCUUCUCAUUCAGCAAGGCUGUGGCAUAUGCCAGCGUGUCCUAAAGGAAAACCACAGGACUUAAGAGCCAAGUAAAUACUUUUUACACAAUGUUGCUGGUCACCAGGAAAAAGAAAUGCAGUACUGCAAACAGGCAUAAAUUGGCACUGGUUCAAAUAUGGCAAACUGGUUUUUGGUUUUUUUAAAAAGCAUGGUAGUGAUCCCAUAUAGGAGACUUAACAAAAAUCCCUUGCUAUACUGCAUGGCAGGGGCUCCUUUUUCUUAGCCUGUGGGCCAUAUUCCCUUCUGCGCAACCUUGGAAGACCACAUGGUAGUGGAGGGCGGAGCCAGAAGCAAAGGGGGGAGGAGCAACAAACACAGCUUUCACUUUUGCAUAGUAGGCUACUUCACACAGAGUCUUCAUCUUCUGUUCAGGGACACUGCUGGGCCAAAGCACUCCAAAUGCAAAAGGGUGAGAUGCAGAGAGGGCAGGAGAGUUGGAUUUGGCUCCUGGGCCCCAAGGUCCCCCACCCCUGAGGUUUAUUUUUUAAAAGAGCAAACUGGAAAGUUAUGGCACUUCAGUCCUGUUUCAAUGUUUAAAGCAAUGGGCAACUUGAAAUUAUUUAAAAAUCAGUCAUGCUAAUGAAUUUCAAGCCUAUGAAGACGGGCAAUGUAUGCAUACAUGCAUGUAGCUUGCGGCAUUUGUACACCAAGUUUGCUGUGCUUUUCAUAAUAAAACUUUGCAAUCAUCGGCCAAUAUUACAUAGUAAUUAGACAGGAGAGUUCUGCACACGACAGCAAAAAUGCUAGACAGCAUUACCAUUUUCAUUAUAUUUGUAUAAACACACACACACGGUAACUACAGCCCACAGAGAUUCUGUGUAAAGAGUGUCAAAUUUAGGCUGACCUGUGCAGAAAUAGUGCGCUGAAAGGUUUUGGCGGUUGAGGUUUCAUUGGAUACAUUACUCUGUGGAGCCCAGUAGUGUUCAGACAUCUAGAGAAAUAUGAAAGCACCCAUUAAUGGAAACUGUGGAACAGUACUAUAGCCACGUGAAUAAACUUUUGUAACGAAAGGGUUUAAAUUACCUUUAUCUGAAGCCACUGUACAGCCCAACUCCAAUGAUGGGAAUUCUCCUUGAAAUAAUCUUUAGCAGCAGAGCACCUUUGAAAUCCAAAGCAAAUUAUUAAAACUAUUUAUCUAAAGGUAAUUUAGGAUCACACUCCCUUUUCAUACUUUAUGAACUGUCUGGCUGUGCAAUUCACUGCCUUUGCUUGUGUGCUGCAAUACAGAGCAGGAUGGAGUCCAAUGUUUCAGAACGUCUCCAAAGUACAAAUUCUUCCACUUUACAAAACCUUUCCUUCCUUGUCACACGGGGCAAUUCUUCUUUGUCACAGUCAGUCAGCUGAGUGGCUAUGAUACAUUGCAGUGACAGGACGAUUUUACAAGUGACAGAACAUCACUAUUUUUCAAAGAGCACAGGCUUCAUAUUUGCUGUUCUGUACAGUGUUUUCUUUGAGCCUGCUAUUAUUACAAUGCAACUGAAUGCACAGCAUACAACUAGUCUUCCUUGGAUCACAGGUUCACAAGAAGCAGACCCUUUAUCUAGAUUAUAAAUGGAUCCUACACAUUUUAUUUGGGCCUGAGAAAGGAUAAAAGAGAACUGGCAAAGGCUUGCUGAAGACACAGCUGCUUCUUAUAAUCAUGUGACUUAAUACAAACAGAGCACCCCGACUUCCAUUUCACUGAGUUAUACUUACUUCUGAGCAAGAGUGACCAAGAAUUUGACACACUGAUAACAGCGACUGCUGUCCACAUGGUUAUUACUGUGGUGCAUCAGUGCUGUUGAAGGAAAAGAAAGGAGAUUAAUCAGUAUUAAAGACUUCAGGAGUGGACCCUGCCAUAAAGCAGGGAGAUUUGAUUCUACAUCCUAGUUUGGGCUUCAUGUCAGACCACUAAUCAGAGUGUAGAAUCUAAACCAUGGUUGUAGUUUCAAAACGUUCCACAGAUAAACCAUUUCAAGAAGUUUUCCAUAAAUAUUUCUCACUUUUAUUGAGCAGCACCAGCUUCUGCAGACAAUAGCUGUAACUACGGUUCGCUAACUUAGACAAAAGCAUCGUUUGGUGCAACGUAUGAAUUUAGCCUAUGAUUCAUGUCUUACUUAACAACAACAAAAUGUUAAGACCCCCUUUCUAGUUAAAACAUGCAGUGAGCUGUGUGAUUACAACCUAGGUUAUAAUAGAGCAAUUAAAGAUGAUGAAGUUUGAUUAACAACAUAACCCCCCCCCCCCCGUUACCUACAGGAUUUCUGUUCUUUUGAUGCCACCUGCUUCUGACGUAGUAGUCAAAAUGAUAAAAAGCGCUUCAGUUUCUAUAUGAACCAAGUCUUCACAAUAAAAAAAAAGCUCCUUUUGAAUUCACACCUCAUAAAUUUGUUUCUAAUUCUUCACUUGAAUAUAUUCAAGGACAGAGAUUGUGGGCAGUAUCCAUUAGCUGUGGAAGUGUAAGGCUGCUUACGCAAAUGAUCUCUCCCCCCCCCCCGCCUUCUGUACAAAAUGAAAACCCUGUCCAGAAGUUUUUUUUGGGUGGGGCUGAACUGUUGUCACUGGAAGGGGGAAAUUCUCCUCUCCUGCAUUGCCACUCUGUAUCACACAGCCCCUUCACCCCCUAGAGAGUUUUCAGGUGGAAAGAAGAGGAAGAUUGCUUGUGCAACCUGCCUUUCACUUAUGCGACCACUGGAUUUAAGCCAUUGAUUUUCUU